UCCAUAAGGAAUUUAUUUCUAAAACAAGCUUUGAGCUCCAAAUACGUGAAAGCCGCUGACAAAAUAAUAAAAUAAGUUACUUUUCGAUAAAAUAGUGCAGUAAGUAAGUGUGAGCGAUGUCGCUUUUCGACAAUCCCGACCAGCUGCGACAACUGCAGAGUUUAUUGUACCCCACACGUAGGCGGGGUGGGGUCGAGUGCAGCAGCAGCAGCGAGGAUGAGGAGGAGUCUCUGGUGGUAAAGAGGCAGACACCCGGCAGCAUCGGUCCGCAGGCUCCAGGUGAUGCUGCCAAGGCCCGUGGAAAGGGUAAGGUGAACCUGGUGGCAACGCCAUUGGAUGAGCCCGUAAAAGCGCAGCCCCAAACACUGGAGGAAUGGCAGGAGGCGCAGGAGCGUGAGGAUGCCGACAUUCUGGAAACGCGCAAGUGCCCGGAAUACACGAUGACCUAUCGUCAGGCCGUUGGCACUGAGGACGUCUUUCUGCAGAUGGGCCAACGCACAGCAUCCUCAGCCAGCUGUGAAGAUCUCAUUCUAGAGAUUGCCUUGCCCGGCGAGCAAAUGUCUGUUGACAAAAUGGGCCUAACGCUACACGAACAGGAACUAGACCUGGGCACAUCCCUUUACAGACUCAAGCUCCCGCUGCCCCAUCCAGUGGACGUGGAUCGAUGCCAGGCCAAAUAUGACAAGGAACUCGGCAAGCUGCGGCUCACGUUGAGGUUGCGCCGCGAACUAGACUUUGUCAACUUCUAAUCUACAUCUUACACUAUUCACACUACUCAACACGAUUUCGUUGCUUGUUGUUUCUGUUGCUCGGAAGUUCACAUCAGCCGCCUGUGUCGUAAUAUUUUGGCAAUUCCCUUUUUGAGAUCGCAUACAAAAUUUUACUACAAUAUAUAACAAAUUGUAUGGAACAAGAAAUCCUCUUCUAUGAUUAACCCUAAAAUCUGUAGAUUGUCAAGUUUACUCAGAAUUAAAGUCAAAUCCUUUAAGCUUGUCGGUGGAGCAGGAAGACUUUCUUAACAUCUU